GUGGUGCGGUGGUGUGGACUGGUGCUGACUCAGAAAAGUCGAGUGGUACAACUGGUUGGUGUGGAAGAAGACCCAUGUGUUACAGCCAUGUUUGCAGCCAUGCAAGUCUGCAUGGGAAACAAAUUGGACAUUGUGCUGAGCUCUGAUGUUCACUCAGAGGAGCAAACAAAGGAGUGGUCUGACUUCUACAAGCACCUUAACAUUUCACUUAACACAAACAUGAAGAAGACUCAUCCAUCAUUCCAGGAUGUCUAUGAAGCAGACAUUGUUUAUGGUACAAUUGAUGAUUUUGUGUCUGAUUACAUUCAGCGUGGCAUAGAGGCAAUGGAAACAGGGAACCCUCAGAUGAGUCGUGGAUUCAUCAUUGAAAAACAAAGUCUCAGUGCUCUGCAUGCUCUGGAACUUUCAAGACUCAAAGACAAUGACUCCCUGGUGUUUGCUGCAGAGGUCCUGCAGAACCUCAUGAGUACAUUUCACAGUGAAGAUGUGGGACUGAUACACAUGUUCAUUAAGGCCCUUUUUCAGGUGCUCCACAGCAAUCUAAACAAGGACACGAUCACUGAAAGUAAAAUCAUAAAAAUCUCAAAGAAAAUCGCUGGAAAGGAAUUGCUUUCUAAUGAGGUCUUCAUUUUGACGUUUCUUGAGACUGUCCUACGAGUCUUUACUGAAGAAAUAAAAGAUAUUAAAAACAUGACAUUUCCUGCAGGCACAUCAUGUUUGGAGAUUUUAUUUGCCUGUGUGGAACAAUUUCAAGACUCAAAAAAAGACACUAAAGGAGUUUUUGAGAUGGUUUCAAAUCUUGGAGAACAAAGGCUUUGGUCACAAGUAGAGGCCUUAAAGUUUCUUGAAGCAUUAACUGUCCACCAUCAUGAUAAAGGCUCUACUUCCAUCAUGAAGAUUUUACAUUUGGUGGAAACAUAUCGGGUUUCUUCCAAGUGGAAAGAUAAAAACAACAAAUCUCUCUUUGAGCUCAUAGAUUCAUGCACAACUAAGAAUCUGAUCCAGCAUCUGGAAAAGAGCCUUAAAGAUGAGAAAACUGAAAGCAUUGACAACCUUUUUUAUGAAAUACAGCAGAUGAAAGAAAUUGAUGGACAAACACUGAGUAAAUCAUACAACAUAGUAACUCAUGUAACAAACUUAAUCAAAACUGGUGAAAUUAAAAAUCACACAGAUAUACGGCGAGCUAGGACUCUGAGUCACAGCAUGGAGACUGAGGACCUUCAGGAGAUCCUUGCAGUCUUAUGCAAUGCUGUACACCUCCACAAAGAUGAAAGGAAGUGGUUUCCACGAACCACUCAGAUGAUAAGCUGGUGCCUGUUGGCCUUGUCUGACACUGGGAAGCUCCUGGAGAUGGGAACUGGAGAAGGGAAGUCUUGUGUCAUAGCGAUGUUUGCAGUGCUGCGUGUGCUUAGAGGUGAAAAGGUGGAUGUGGUGUCCAGCUCCUCUGUGUUAUGUCAAAGAGAUGCUGAAGAAUGGUCCAAAUUUUACAAAUACUUUGGCAUUACAGUCGACACAAACACAAAUAAAAAUGAGGAUAAAGAUCGGAAAGAAUGCUAUCAGAAGGACGUGGUCUAUGGAACCAUUGAAGCCUUUGCUGCUGAUCACCUUCGCCAAAUAUUUGAGAUGAAGGAUGUGAGGGCUGAUCGUAACUUUCAGUGCAUCAUUAUCGAUGAAGUGGACUCACUGCUGCUGGAUCAGGGAGUGCAGCUGACAUACCUGUCCAGCCCCAUGGUGUCCAUGCAGCACCUGAACAUUAUUCUCACCAUGAUCUGGAGCCACGUCAGUCAGUAUGGCUUCCUAUCUACAGGACAUCAGACAUUUGUAAGAGGUCCUCCUGCUUCAUUCUUCAAGGCUAUCUAUGACUCAAUGAACACAGAAGACACUGAAAUUAGUGAUCCAAUGGCUAUUUUAACUAUUGCUGAAGAAUCCAACAUUGUGCCAAAAGGAUUUUCAGAAGAUAUCUACAAGAGUGAAAACCAUGAAAUUCUCAGUAAACUGAAAACAGUGAGUCAGGAUGCUAUGGUUGACUUUUUCAAAGAAAUUGAGGACUAUGUCCCUUACGGCUUUACUGUUUACACGCUAGAUGACAAGGGACUGCUCUGUCUUCAAAAGUGCAGUCCAUAUAAUGACCGGGACAUCCCAGAGCUUUCAUUUCUUGUCUUGGAGGAAGGAUUGUGUUGUCCUCUCUAUGAGUCAGAAGAAGUUCUCAUCAAGCCCAUUGCAGAAUUGAUCUCUGAGAGGAUUCAGUACACCCCAUGUGAAAACAAUAAAGACAAAAUCAGCAUUCCUGGAUUCUUGAAGACUCUGGUGGAGAAGAAAGUCUCAGUGUGGGUUCAGAAUGCCUUUCUGGCAAUGUUACUGAAAGAAGGACGAGAAUAUGUCGUAGAAAAUGACAACGUCUGUCCAGUGGACUUCAGAUCCACUGGUAUUGUUGAACUGAAUAAGAAAUGGGGGGAUGGUCUGCAGCAGUUUGUGGAGAUUAAACACCAAGUCAAACUGAGCACAAUUUCAACAGUGACAAACUACAUUUCCAACAUCUCCUUUUUUGAGAAAUACCAGGGGAAAAUAUACGGAACAACAGGAACACUGGGGAGCAAAGCAGACAUUCAGUUUUUGCAGGACCUGUAUCCAAAUCUCUCUGUGUGCAAAAUACCAACAUUCAGCAGGAAGAAGUUAUUUGAGGUCAAAGGUACUCUGAAAAAAACAGCUGAAGAAUGGAAAUCUGAAAUAAAAGAUGUGGUCAUGGCUCAGAUUUCCCCAAAUUCAUACAGAGAUGGAAGAGCAGCAUUGGUGAUCUGUGAAACUAUAAACAAAGCCAAAGAGAUCUACGAAGAGCUGAAGAGCAGCAUCCCAAGUAAAAAACUGAUUCUCUACUGCCACAGUGACAGAGACAGUUUGAGUAAAAUAGACAAGGAGCUUCUUCCUGGUGAUGUCAUUGUUGCCACAAACCUUGCCGGCCGUGGCACAGACAUAAAAGUGUCCCUAAAGGUGAACAAUAAUGGAGGGUUAUUUGUGAUCCUCUCCUUCCUUUCUGAGAACACAAGAGUGGAACUCCAGGCUUUUGGACGAACUGCACGCAAAGGUAAACCUGGAUCUGCUCAGAUAAUCAUUUCCACUGAACACCUGCAGCCAUCUUUCAGCACAGUGUCCUCUCUGGAGGAAGCCAAGAGCACAAGAGACAGACUUGCAGCAGAAAAGAUAAGUCACAUGAUGAACGAUGUUGCUGAGAUGAAACUGCGGGAGGACCUGUUUUCAGAAUACUGUGAAACACUUCAACAUAUUUAUGACACCACUGAUGGAGAUGAGGAAAGAGCUGUUGUUGCCAUCAUGAAUGAGUUCUGGGCGAUUUGGCUGCAAACUAAAUCAGAAGAAAUUGAUCAGUUGAAAAGAAAUGAACUGCAAGUGAGUCUGAAAGCUGAUUUGUCAAAGGCAAAAAGUCAGUCUGAAAGUAAGACUUCACCAUGUUCCAGCAUUUAUCACUACAUCAAGUUUGGAAAUAUUGCACUGGAUGAAAAAAAGUGGGAUAUUGCAGCCAGACUGUUUGAAAAAGCCAUGAAACAGGAUGAAAGCUGGGCAGCUGUAGCUUUUUACAAUCAUGCAUACUGUACUAUACAACAAAAGAAAGCAGAUUACCUCACUAAGGCCAUAGAUGAUCUAAUGAAGGCACAGGAAUCUUUGAAGAUUCUCAGUGAGGAACUAAUAGUCUGUCUUCAGUUUGUAAAAUUGUCCUCUGCAAACUCAGCCAACAGCAACCCAACCAGCCUUGAAAAACAGUUAACAACCAGGUCCACAAUGUAUAGUUAUUUAGACAAAAACAUUACCGAGGCUAUCCAAAAGUUAGAAGAAAUAAGUGAGAAAGGGAGAGAUGGAAUGGCCCCAAAAUCCCCGAUGUUCUCACUAUUUUCAGAUGCUGAUGAAGAUCUCCAAGAUGAAGCUCACAAUCUCUACAGACGAGGUCUGAAAUAUGUAUUUUCUGUGGAAGAAAAACCUCGUUUCUCAUGGGAAGGUCUGCUGGUAUUCUCUCUUGGAGUUUUACAGAUUGUUGGAGGAGCACUGCUCACUGCAAUUACAUUUGGCACCUUUGCUCAAGUUGGAAUGGGACUCAUUAUUGAGGGAAUAUCAGACUGCAUCACUGGUAUUGAGGCCAUGGUGACAGGACAAUUCAGCUGGAAGUCAUGGGCUAUAGACAAAGCCAUUUCUAUUGGUGUCUCUCUCAUUGGGUUCGGAGUUGGAAAACUGAUAUCAAAGGGCUUCAAAUGUUUUAAAACCUUGGUUAAAUUUGGCAAACAGCUUAAGUCAAUGCCACAAUUUCUCUCUAGACAAGCUAAAGAUGGCUUCAGUGCUGUUUUAAAGGCAAAUAUGAAGAAUGCAGUAAAACACACAGCUAAAAAAUUUGCAGAAGAAUUAGUCACCUAUGCACUGGGAAAGGCAGAAGAUGAAAUAAUUAAAAGAAUAUUAGAAGAAAUCAAAAGCAAGGUGAAAGAGAGAACUGAUCACGAAGUGAAAUUAAAAAUAGAAAAAGAGCCUCCAUCUACAUUAGUAGAUCUCAUUAUUCUUUCACAACUUGAGGACAAAAAACAACUUCAUGAUCUCCUGAAUGACGAGAGAAGAAAGAAAGAGCUGCUGGCCGUUUUCAGAGAGUUAAGCAAAACUGCAAUACAGCCAUUCUAUGCAGACCUCAGCUGGCAGAACAAACUGAAUUCAUCCCUCUACAAAGUGAUUGAAAAAGCUAAAUCACACACUGGAAAAAAAGCAAAAGCAAUUCUGACAGUUAUACAAGGUGUCCACAUGGUCACACUGGCAGGAGAAGCCAUCAGUGCAGUGCUCAGCCUGUCAGAAAAGUUCUUUUCAAAUUUUCAUGAACAGCUGAAAAUAUUUAACGAAAAGCAACAAAAAUCAGAGACUGUGAAUGUAAGUGAUCUUUCUGCAGAAGACAUUAAACUGCUGAAAGAAUUCAAGCAGGAUUUAGCCAGCACCAUUAGUACUUUAUUGGCUGAUGCUUUGGUAGAAGUUUUCCACCAGAAGGUCUCCAGUCACAUUGUUUCUAUUGUUAAAGACAAGGCAAAUGGUGUUAUUGGUAAAUAUGUGAGAAAGGGUUUAGAGAGUGACAGAACAGAGGAAAAUCUCAGAGCUGGACAGAACAAAAACUACAUUGCAUACAUGCCAAUAAAACUGAAUUCUAAACACAACUUUGAAGGACAUGCAUGUCAGCGCUCACAAUCACAUGCUGAAAACAUCAAGAACUCCACGACUGCAGGCACCAUCCUUGAUAUCAGAGUCCUGUCAGAAGCCACUGGCACUAAAGUUGUCAUCCUAACAGAGGACAGCAAUGGAAGACUUACGAAAAUGCAAGAGCUGAGCCCAGACACUCGACAUGCCAAUCAAACUGUGACCCUGAUCUACAGACCAAAGAGUGACCAAUACCCCAAUGGCCAUUAUGAUGUGCACAUCAAUAACCAGACAGUGAGCAUAGACAACAAAGGCAAGAGCUGUUUGUUUCAUGCUUUGGCACGUGGAAUGAAACCACAAGCCAGUGAAGAAGAGAUCACUUUGGAAGCAAAUCGUCUUCGAUCUGUGGAGGCUGAUGCUCUCCUCAGACACCCAGGCCAAUGGGAGCCUUUCAUCAAGCGGAAAGAAUUAACUAAAACGAUCAGGGGAGGGGACUGGUACAUGUUAGAGGGAGCUGGACCCAGAAAUGCCAUAAAAGAAAGCAAAAAGUUACGCCAGGAAGAAGUUGGAAAAGUAAUAAAAUACAAACAUUGGCAAAAAUAUGCAAAAAAAAAUAAAGGAACUGGAAAGUUCAUCAAUGCAGAUCACCAGCCACCAGUGAGUAGCAUAUUGAAUGCCAGAAAAUUGAACCAGAAUAGCAGAUUAGCAGAAGCCAUGCUUGAAGUGGCAACAAACUCAUCUCCUCUGGAUCGAAAUCUCAUUUCUAAAGUGGACAGUUCUCAUGGCCGUGAACUUCCAACAGUUUAUGUGCCUGCAGAAGUACAUUAUGAAUUUCCCAGUACAAAAUCACAAGCCUUCAGAGACCUCUUGGCUGCAGCCAUAAGUAAUGAUGAUGUUGUGGGUACUUUCAAGCUGACAAUCCUUGGUUCAAUGCCAAGAUUCUGGUUGGAUAGUAGCAGGAACUUCAAAAACUUUCAGAAACCAAAUAUAAGCAAAAGCAGACUUAAAGAUUUUGAAAAAAGUUUUCCACACCACAGUGAAAAGAUGGUAAAGGAAUGGUCUGACCAGCUUAAAAACAAAGGUGUUAUGACAGAUGACCAUCUAACUACUAUUAAUAAUUGGAUUGUUAACCAGGGCUACAAAGAUCAAAACGAUCCACACAGGAAAGACGUUGCCAACCUCCUCUGAUGAAAAGUUUGCGAGAGAAGAGAAUGUGACUCUUACAAGCAAAUGAAGUACAGUGAAAACCUGGAGAUCUUCCACCUGCCUAAUCAUCAUUAUCAGAUAUCUCUGUGCCUUUGGUUUAAUUUUAACUUAAUUUUUGUGCUUAUCACAGAAAA